AUGGUAAACAUCCCAUUGGAGAGCGGCUAUGGGCUCCCGGCCGCAUAUGUGGCCGGGCUUCGUGCUUCACCAGAUUUUGUGCCUCAAAGAUAUGCCCAUUUCGUGCCAUCACCCACAUCCCCGGAUCGAAUGUCUCUGAUGGGAACAGUUUUACCCGGCUAUGGUCAAGGACACUUACUAUCUUACCACCUGGUCCCUAAUGUCUCCGUUGAAAGUUUAACGUCAAUUGCCAUCAAAAUUUAG